AAACAAAAAAAAAGUAAUGUUUUAUCAUUUAUUAUAAUAUUGAGAAUGAAGAAAAAUAAAAAAAAAAGAAUUGUGAACUAUUUUAUGUUGCCGAGAAAUAUAAUGUGCACGUGCCACUGGCAUAGUAUUUUGAUAAAAAUUGUAAAAUUCAAGAUGGUGGAGAGAUCUUGGAUAUGGAAAAGAGACAUAAAUACCAAAAUACGUUCCUCUGAAUAAAAUCUUGAUCUUUCUUUUUGUUUUCGCUCCCUGUUUUACGGAAAAUCCUGUCGUUCCAAUCCAAACAAAAAAAAAAAGAAAAAGAGUGAAGAACAAUAAGAAAUUUAUGAGGGGCUGUUUCUGAGAAAUACAAAAGCGAAUAGGACAAACGUUGUUGGAAUAUAUUCAUUGAGAACCACUGUAUCAUGCGGAAAUAAAUCGUGGUAGGGAUGGAAUUGGUUGGUUGAGGAAAAGGGGUGGGUGGGGUUUCCUUUUGGCGUGCCGUUGCUGUCGCUGCUGCAACUAUCUUCGAUGUUGGACUUCAGUAUGCCUUGGCUAUUUAGAAAGGAGAGACUAUCUCCUACUGAGGUACACACUUACAUAUAUAUUGUUAACUCGUGUGUGUGUUUGUGUGUGCAUAUAUAUAUACGUGUUGGGUUUAAAUGCGGCUAAACAGUCGAGUAAUAUUUUUGUUUCGAGCGUUGUUUCGAAAAUGAAUAAAUAUAUUAGUGAAUAAAACAAUUAUUGUUUCGUAGUUCGCGUGCAGGAUAUAAAAAGGAAACGACUAUAAUCUUAAUUUCCUGUUGGAAUAAAAAACUUGAUUGUGGGGGGGAAAAGAGAGGGAGUGCAUUGCAAGGAACGAACAUUGACAUUCGAUUAAUGAACGAACAUUGAACACGUAUUAUUCCUUUGAUGAAUCAUUGGACAACAACGUUGCAGUUUUCCCUUACCACAAGUGGAAUGAAUGAACAUCUAUCAGAUUAUGUUGUUUUCUUUGAUCAUCAUUUGACACAAGGGAAAGAAGAAUGUUUUAUUAAGUUUAUCGUAAGAAAGGAAUCAUGAUCAAAUCGUGUUUUCAUUUUAUUCAUUGUCAUAAGAUUUUAAUAAGACAGAUAUCAUAUUGCCGAAAAAAGUCGAAGAAGUCGAAAAGAUUUUGACAAUUUUCUCAUUUCGUCUUCUUCCAAUCGUUCCCGAAUUACACAAAUAAUUAACAAAAGGACACAUCCAUGUGAUUUUUUUAUUGGAUUUAGAAAAAAAAAAGAAAUAAUAAUUGUAGUUUAAUUAAUCGAAUGUGGAAAUAAUAGUAAAAGACGAUGUUUCAAUCGAUUGGAUGAUUUUCACUUAUGUUAGUAUAAACGAAUGAAUUAAAUCGAAUUAUAUAAUCCCCAGUGGUGACAGAAUAACUGAUGCAGUUGAAUCGUCGAUGCGACCUUCAUACUUUUCUCGGCUGUCUUCAUCGUAACGAGACUUUUUUUUCUUUCUUUUUAAAACGAAGAUGAGUACGCCUCAGGCUAAUUGAACGUACACGUAAGAAAUUUAUGCAAGAGGAAGAGGAAGAGGAAGAAGAAGAAGAAGAAGAAGAUAUAAAAAAAAGACAUAAGGAAGGGAGAAAGAAAAAAAGAAAUAAAUAAAAGGAAAGAAGGAAGGUGCAUUUUAUUAAAAAGGAGAUGUAAGAAAUCCUUUCCACCGAUCAAGGUCAAUCCUUUGUGAACUCCAGUGAUCAGAGAAAUGACGGUCACUUAUACUGCCGAGGUUGCUACCUGUCGUGGUCUUGGAUGUUUUCUUAAAUUAUUACUCAGAUGGAGAGCAAGUAUAUACAAGUUGGUAUGGAUAGAUUUAGCCCUAUUUCUAUUCAUUUAUUAUUCCUUAUCAAGUAUCUACCGAUUGAUACUGGAUGACGAUCAGAAGAAAAUAUUUGAAGCUAUAGUAGGUUAUUGCAACCAGUACAGCGAUUUAAUACCGUUGUCAUUCGUGUUGGGAUUUUACGUUAGUAUAGUUAUGACAAGAUGGUGGAAUCAAUAUAUGGUGAUACCUUGGCCAGAUUCUAUUGCAGUAUUUGUAUCAGCAACUAUACACGGUAACGACGAAAGAGGUCGAUUAAUGCGUCGUACUAUAGUCAGAUACGUUUGCGUUUGUUUGACUUUGGUAUUGGCCAACGUGUCGCCAAGGGUCAAAAAACGUUUCCCAACGUUGGAACAUUUAGUCGAUACAGGAUUACUUUUAGAAAACGAACUUUCAGUAUUUCAAGGUUUAAACGAUAAAUUUCCUAAACCCAGCAAACAUUGGUUACCCAUAGUAUGGGCUUCAAGUAUUGUUACAAGAGCCAGAAAAGAAGGUAGGAUUCGUGAUGAUUUUGCUGUCAAGACUCUCAUCGACGAGCUCAAUAAAUUUCGUGGUAUGUGUGGUAAUCUGAUACAUUAUGACACCAUCAGCGUUCCUUUGGUUUAUACUCAGGUCGUUACGUUGGCCGUUUACACGUAUUUCUUGACCAGUGUCAUGGGCAGACAAUGGAUCCAAACUUCAAAUGCAUCGACCAUUGACGUGUACUUUCCCGUUUUCACGACACUGCAGUUUUUCUUUUAUAUGGGCUGGCUCAAGGUCGCUGAAACUUUGAUCAAUCCUUUCGGCGAGGACGACGAUGAUUUUGAAGUUAAUUGGAUCAUCGAUCGUAACUUACAAGUGAGUUAUCUGAUCGUUGAUGAGAUGCAUCACGAACAUCCUGAAUUGAUACGCGAUCAGUACUGGGAUGAAAUAUUUCCAACCGAGCUACCAUACACUGCGGCAUCCCAACCAUUCCGCGAGGAACAUCCUCAACCGUCUACAGCUGGUAUACAAUUGUCAGCAGCACAGCAGGAACUUCAACCAUCGUCGGUUAGGAUCGAUGAGAUGGCACCGGAUUUUCAACAAAAAUUUUCACACGAGAUUGCCGACGACGCUGCUUCUGGUAUACACUUUAUUGCCGAUGGGAAAUUGUCCAGAAGUAUUACCACUGCUAAAAUGCCAAGAAGUGCCAGCAGAGUGAGUAAUCGUGACCGUACUUUUAGCAGUGGAUCAACGCCAAGUAAUCUGGGUGGUUCGCUGACCAGGGUCAACAGUGUUACCAGUAUGUUGAAGAGAUUGUUCAGUAACGUAGACAGAACUGAUAGUUCCGCCAGCGGUUCCAAAACACCUGGGAGAAUUCCUAAUUCCAGUUCUGCAGUAUCAUUGCAACCUAGAGUCAUGGGUGAUACUGGUGGCUCGGCCAGGUUCGGAGUCAUCGAAGAAGUCGACGAACAGAUGACGAUGACAUCGAUGAGAGCAGAAAAUAGGCCCCACGUUCAAACUAUUUUUCCACAAGGACCUCCUCCACCUAGUGCACCGGUUGACGUUCCUGAUGUCAAUCAGUCUAGAAACAGAGACGUCAUUUCAAACAGUGCACCGGCUACUGCUUAUCCACCUGCUCCUGGUACCAGUGGAAUUGGUCAUGAUUUUGAGAAUGGCAAUCCUCCUAUUGCUAGGAGAGAGAGAUCAAGCAUAAGCUAUGAACCUUCGAGGAGUUAUCAGAGUACCACGACUGGGGAUGGCAUCAUCAGUCCUAGAAGUUCAAUAUGCUCGGCGAACAGUAGUUCGGACGACGAGUUCACCAAAUUAAAAGUAGAAAGAGAAAAUCAGAGGCGGGAAAAAGCAUUCAGAAGACUAGCUCGAAGUGUCAGUGGUCAUACUAGUAUUAUUCCAUCCGAGGCUAGGAACUUAACGGAGAACGAAUUAUUAUUGUUAACAGAAUUAGCAGACGCAUCGAGAAUGUCAUUGGUACCGAAAAGUUCCGACGACAAGGAGGGGAACAAUAUUACUAGGGUUUAGGUGAACCCUAUAUUAGUUUUUAUAUCAAUUUCGUGUGUUAUUUGUGAUAAAGUGUAAGUUAUUUUAUUAAAUGCUAUAUAAUGUGCCAGUUACUAUGGUAAACGAAAGUACGGUGGGACAGAAAUGAAGAAAGAUGGACAAGAAGUUUUUUAAUUAACAUUCCGAUAAAAAGACAAAAUACGUAGAUUUGAAAUUUUUCUUCUAUAGGCUUCAGAUGAUAGACUUUCAGAUAGGCUUUCAGAUAGGCGUAUUAGAGCUACUUAACAAUAAAUCUAGUAGCUUUUUUCAUUUGGCUAAUAUCAUGGCUGUGCAUUGAUCUACAUAUACUUAAACGUGUACAUACACCAUUCAAAUUAUUGGAAAUGAUUUUUCACAUAUAUUAUAGGACGACAAUAAUUAAGAACAAUCGGUGCCGACUUGUGACUUAUUUUUAUACGUUCGUGUUUUCCUAUUUAUCUCAAUGGACACUUAAGGAUAAUUUUCUAUAACGAGCAAUAAUAUCUAUCGAAUUUACACGACAUUGUUAUAUUUUUGUUCCCGUUAUUAUAUUUCUUUUAACUUUAUUUCAUUUUCAUUUGAACGCACAACAAACGAAUUACAAAAUAUCUCGUCAAUUUAGAUUGGAAAGUGCCUAUAACGUGCCUAGGGUUAAAUUGGGCACAGGAAAUACUCUGACAAAAGGUGCAUUUGAUAUUUUCCGUAUCAUUGAAACACCGCGUUAUGGCCUAUUUGAAACGGAGACGAUGCUAACGCUUAUACAUAUGCUGUAUUUCAUAUGAUGUUUUUUACAAUUUCAAGAGAAAAUCCUUUCCCUCGACUUUAAGGAUAAGACAAACGUUAGGUAUGAACAUUCCAAAGAAAGUAAGGCCAGAGGGAUGGUCGUUUGUAUUCUGUCUGGUGCUACCAAAAAGAAAAUACUUAUCCUUUUUCAGUAUUAAAUAAAGUAGUAAAAUGACGAAUGAA